GAUGCCCACCAUACUUUUAUUGAGGAUUCUGAAGUUAUAGUUGAUUACAACCGACAGCAGUUGAUGCCAGGGUGGAUCCCAAGACGGUUAGGAGGGGGCCUUGGUGGGAAGAAGGAAUCAGGGCAGCUUCGUUUUGGAGGACGAGAAAGACCUUUUCGGGCUCCACUGCGGCCAAUUCCCUUCGAUGAUUUGAAAAGGCUUGGCAUCCCACCUCCACCAGAGGGAAGAUACAUGUCACGUUUUCAGGUUCCAUCAGCUCCUCGAAGAAAAAGCUCUGUGGAGAUUGAAGGACAAUAUUACAAGCACCACAAGCAUAGUAAACGGAGCUCUGUGGACAGGGAAGAUAGCUCUCAUAAGCAUCACAAACGUAGUGAACGGAGCUCCGAGGACAAGGAAGACCGCCCUAACAAGCAUCAUAAACAGAGUAGAAAUGCUCAUCAACCCGACCGAGGCUCCCAUAGCCGGCAUCGGUCAUCGGAUGAAAGGACUUCUGUUGAUAGGGAAGAACGCGCUCACAAGCGCCACAAAGAUAGCAAACAUUCUCUCCACCAUGAAAGAUGGUCACCAAACCAGGAUCCCUCAUCUAAUGAUGGGGUUUUAGCAAGUAAGCCUUGA